UAGACCGACCGGCCGCUUUUUCUUCCUUCCGCUAUUUCCUAGGUUUACUUGUAGGAGAGGGUGGUUGUUGAGGACUCGGGACUGAGGAGUACAUGGUGUCGAUUGGGUUGAAGGCUUUACCAUACAGAACUCACCACCGGAGUUUCAGUUCAGUUGAACAAAGCGUGAUGGGGGAGACUGAAAAUUUGCAUAAACAUGGUAGAAGGAAGAAGGCCAUGAGCAGAAAGGCCGAGAAACCAAAUUCGAGCUUCGACGGUUAUAAGUCGAACAAAGGGGCUGCGAGGGCACCAAAGUCCUCAAAGCGUCACAAUCCACCGGAGCCGCAGGAAUUGGUCGUUCGGAAACAGGUUGAUCCUGAAACAGCAAAGUAUUUCACAGAGAUUAUAAAUCUUUUUGAAAGCAAUGGAGUUGACAUGGAGGAGAAAUCUGUAAUAUGUGGAAAUGCGUUGGAGGAGGCUAGAGGGAAAGAAUUGGAACUUGCGACUGAUUACAUUCUCAGCCACAAUCUGCAAACCCUCCUUGAAGGCUGUGAUGUGGACCAUCUUUGUGGUUUUCUUCGUAGCUCUACUAAGGCCUUUCCAUAUAUUGCAAUGGAUAGGUCUGGUUCUCAUGUAGCUGAGACAGCACUCAAGGCGCUAGCUAGACAUGCUCAGGACCAAGAUGUCUAUUCUCUUGUUGAGGAUACUUUGAAUAUGAUAUGCAAGGUGCUUAUAGUCAAUCCAGUCGAGGUGAUGUGUAAUUGCCAUGGAUCUCAUGUUCUUCGGAGGCUUUUGUGUGUGUGCAAGGGGGUGCCAUUAGAUUCUUCGGAGUUUCAUGGCAUUAGGACAUCGACAGUUUUAGCUGAGCGAUUAAAUUUAAAAGAAUCUCGAUUGGAUGGGUUUGAUACUCAGAAUACCCAGCAGGGGUUUCCAGGUUUAAUGAACUUUCUUGUAUCAGGGUUGUUAAAUGGUACCAGACAAGAUAUAAUUAUCCUUCAAGUUGAUCAAUAUGGAAGUUUGGUUUUGCAGACAGCUUUGAAAUUGUUGGCUGGACAGGAUGAAGAUUUGUUGAAAAUAAUUCUUAAACUGCUUGGUUGCGACAAGGAAAAUGCUGGGGAAAACUUCAUAGAAAUGACUGCAGUGCGUGACAUUAUUGAAAUGAUGAAAGAAACUGCAUAUAGCCAUUUGAUGGAGGUCAUCAUAGAAGUAGCUCCUGGAAGCCUGUAUGAUGAAUUGUUUACUAAAGUUUUCAGGAAUUCCUUGUUCAAAAUUUCGUCACAUCAAUGUGGGAAUUUUGUUGUUCAAGCAUUGAUUUCUCAUGCAAGAUCUCAAUAUCAAAUGGAGUUGAUCUGGGAGGAGCUUGGCCAGAAAUUUAGGGCUCUUCUGGAAAUGGGAAGAUCAGGAGUUGUUGCUUCUCUUAUUGCUUCAAGUCAAAGGCUUCAUACUCAUGAACAUAAGUGUUGUCAAGCCCUUGCUUCUGCCGUAUGUUCGACAAAUGACUCUCCAAGUUGCAUUGUUCCUCGAUUAUUGUUUCUUGAGAGCUACUUUUUCUGUGUGGACAAGUCGAAUUGGAAAUGGGAAAGCGGUUCUAAGAUGCAUGUUGUGGGUUCUCUAAUCCUCCAGGCCAUUUUCAAAUAUCAAAGUGAAUAUAUACAGCCUUAUAUUACAAGCAUUGCAUACAUGGAAGCAGACCAGGCCCUUGAAGCCGCUAAAGAUCCAGGAGGAGCCCGUGUAAUUGAAGCUUUCCUAUGCUCAAAUGCCUCUGCAAAACUGAAACGCAGAUUAGUAAUCAAGCUGCGGGGACAUUUUGGAGAGCUUGCACUGCACCCGCCAAGUUCAUUUACUGUUGAGAAGUGCUUCACUGCUGGUAGUCUGUCGUUGAGAGAGGCCAUAGUAUCUGAAUUGCUACCUGUGCAAACCGAUCUCGCCAAGACAAAACAGGGACCUUAUCUGCUGAGAAAAUUGGAUGUUGAUGGGUUUGCCUACCACCCUGAUCAAUGGAGGUCAAAGCAAGCAUCGAAACAAUCAGCUUACAAAGAGUUUUAUGACAUGUUUGGCUCUAGUAAAACCAAAUCAUCCGAAAAUGACACAUUCCUUGUGAGUGUUUCAAAGCAAACAGCUCAACCGAAAGAUAUAAAGAACAUGAGAAAAGAGAUUGAUGACCAUCUGGCUUCUGCUGCACCCUUUUUGAGCAUGUCAGGGCAUAAGCGCCGAAGAGAAAAAGUGGAACAGCGUGGUGAAAAUUUUGCCAAAAAAGGCAAGAAAGGGGGAAAGAACAAGAAUCAUGGUGGUUCAGAGAGUUCUGCCAUCGUAAGGAGAACAGUGGAGUGUAUCGGCAACAAUCAGAGUGCAUCAAAAUCAGCAGACAAAAAGGGGAAAAAGCGACAAAGAAAUGAUAUCAUGGAAAAAGCUUCAAACAAAAAGCUGAAAGCAUGAAGAUAUGAGUGAGUGACCUGCUUCUCACUUUCUUAUAGCAUCUGAAUGAAGCUGCGGAGACUAAUUUCACUAGAUAAGUUAUUCCUGUUGUAAAACAAUUGCCGUUUGUUGCCUUUAUCAUUAUUAUUUCUUCUUGUUGGUCUUUUAGAGUUGAGAGCUGAGACAUUUCUCAUGCAACUUUUUGUUUAGGACAGAGUUUAUGCAAACAAACUGCUGGAAACUAUCGUCUGCUUAAUGCAGAACUGAGAAUAUUUACAUUUGACAGCAGAACUCGUGUUUCCUUAUGAAGCAAGAGAUUGUAAUUCAUUCAAAAGAGGAAUACAUUAUACAUGUGUCUCUGAA